UCCGUUUCCUAACGGCAUUUGCAUUGACUCACUAUAUUCCGGGUAUUCGGUGCCAGCAUGUGAAGGACGGUGAGUUCCUGUUCCUCAUUGGUGGAGGCUCAAGCUUUGUCGUGUGCGGUAGCUGGCGGCCAUCUAGCAAUUCUAGCAACCUACCUUUUCGUGUACACCAUGCGACCUUCUUCCAUCUAGGUCUCGAUAGAUCUGGCCCGAGAGACCUCGAAAUCCAUCGUUGGGCAGGCUUUUCUGAGAUUUUAAUCCUCGGAAGAACCAAUUUUAUUCUGUUUUAAUCUGGUCUCUUGCAGGAUUUUUGGAUACUUGUGGUAUUUGUUAUUGGCAUCAAUAGGUCUUAAAGGUUGGCUGAUUCAGGGUCUCAACCUGAUAAAAAGUAGGCAUCUGCGCCCGCCUUCUUUGCAGUUAGAUUUUAUUCGUUUAUCAAACCCCUCGUUUGUACCUUCUUUUUUGACGGACGCUCAGAGCUUGCGAGUGAAGGAAACCAUACGCAGCUACGAAACUAUCUUCAAUGAGAGUUACACACAGUGACUCUAAUUAACAUCGUUGUGGAAGAACUGCUUGAUCAGUAGGAUUUGGAACAGAUAGAGUUAGUAUGGGGACAAAGAUUUUUGCGUUUCCUGUUCGAGGACGAAGAUGGUGUUUUAGUGCCAUCGUGCCAGAUGUUCCGACUGGAAAGUAUAGCAGUGUAGUCACUAUCUCUCAGCUCUGGGAACGUUUGCAAUCGCUUCCUCAGUUGACAGACCGGGUGGAGCUCAUGGAAUCGUUUGCUUCCAACAAGAUGCAAACGAAAUGGUCAGAACUCGGAGCUCAACCUAGCGGAAGUAUUAGGCAUCGGAUUUACAGCGCUGGACAAAACUUGCUGAACCGCCUUCCUGCUGAGGAGCAAUUUUUGAAGACAGUCCCGAAAGACACCCCAAAAGUUGAACUAGUGUUCCCCUCAAGUUUAAAUCCAAGACUGGUCCGAAGGCGUUUACGACAUCUUGCUCACUGCGGAACUGUGUAUCAUCAGAGGCUUAUGUAUGGAUCAAUAGCACUUUUACCGUUCACUGUUCUGUUGGGGAUUCUCCCCUUGCCCAACGUAGUGUUUUUUUGGAACCUUUUCAGGUCGCAUGCCCAUUGGCGUGCUUUUCAGAGCAGCACAAGAUUGAAGAUGUUGUUGACAGAGGGUGAGGCUGAACCUUCUACUGUAGCAGUCAAGGGCCCUUAUAAAAACUCCUACAGGACUGUGAGCUCACAAAACCCCUCUUGGGCACUCACGCCUUCAAAAGAGUUGGAUUCAUUAGUGAAGCCUGGUGAGGUGAUGACUCGAGCAAUUCAACCAUCCGCCGUCGCUGCCAUAUCCAAAGCUUUUGAUUUAAAUUCUGUAGAAGUGAUGCGUUGGAUCAGUCGUAAGUAGUGUCUCAGUGUUGCACCCGUUAACUUUCAAUCGCUUUAGAAAUUUGACUUUUCAAAACAUUUGAGAAUGACUACCGAACGACGUCAUUUUUAAGCCUCCAUUGUUGCACUUUGAGAACAGUUUUAUCACCACUGAAUUCAUUACAGGAUUAUUGAUA